AUGGAUCGAGGGGACCAAGGGUCCGGGGCUAUCUGGUACCUCUAUCUCAGGUACCCUGAAUCUGAAGAUACCCCUGAGACGUGGUUGGUGGACACAGCACCGAGCUUGAAAGAGUCCCAGUCGGUAGCCUGCCGAACAUGCCUCGCAGCGACAGGAGGGAGCCCCUUUCGGGGAGUGGGGGAUCCGGUUAGGGAGGCACUUCUAGGGGAUGUACUGCGCUGUAGAUCGGGCGCAGAGGCCGCUGUGGCACAUGCCGCCGCGGGUCGACAGGCGUUGAACGAUGGGCGAUGGACGACGGUGACUGGAGGACCUACUGCGCUGCGUAAUUGGGAUAGUACACGCAUGCUGCCGAACCUGGAGUACCUCGACGUCUACGAACCACCCAACUGUCGUCGACGAAAGGGAGAUGGGCCCAGCGACGACAUGCGACCCUGGUCUCGACGGUGGGGACGUGGGGCAGAACAAGAACCGCCAGAGCCACAGCCCCAAGACACCAAACCUAACCUGCGCAAAUCGCCAUGGACUCAGGGAGCACGGUGCCGGAUAUCGACCAGGGACGGAAGAAUUAGCAGAGAAUGGGCAAUCAGAAAGGAAGGGAUAAGCAAUGUCGCCAACUGGCGCCCGAGCCCGGUCCGUUUUCCAACUCCUCGACAGCCAUUCGUUACUGGCUCUGUGUCUUAGUUUCAGACCAACUACUAGCCCAGAUAAGGAAGUCAGUGUGAUGGCACUGAAGACAAGAAUGAUGCCAUCUCGGUCUGCUGCAGAAGUUGUUUUCUGUCUAGGCCAAUUUACCAUUGCCACUGGGAGCUCGUACUCCAAACCAGAGCGUCAUUGAUC